AGAAAACUAAUGCCAAACACCAAUCAAACAUUGAACUCUAGCGUAGCUGGAAGAAUAUAAAGCUUGAGCAUUUAAUUGGUAGCCCUUCUUCUGCUGCUGCUAUGAUGAUGCAACGUGCCAAUUUAUUUUAUUGCUGUCAUCGCAAAUCCAUUGCCCUAAAAUUUGUUCCCACUCUUAUAAAAAUGAAUGGAAUAUCUAUUUCUCAUUUUUUGAAUGAUGAUAAAAAGGUAGGCAUUGUUCAUCAAUCAACAUCUUCAAGUUCCACCACAAAAAGUUUGCCUCAAGGUCCAGGAUUCGAACAUUUUCUGAACAAUGCUCCUCAAAACUAUCAACCAUCAAAGCAUUUGCUUGAGAAGAUAUCACACCCUUAUGUUCAUAUUGAAGAUAUUUCAGGCCAUGGAAGGAAAGUGUGUUUCCAAGUUCAUGGCUGCCAGAUGAAUGUUAGUGAUGUUGAAGUUACAUGGUCAGUGUUGAAAUCAGUUGGUUAUGAGAAAACUGAAAUCCUUGAUGAAGCUGAUGUCAUUCUUGUUAUGACAUGUGCUAUUCGUGCUGGAGCAGAACAGAAGAUAUGGAAUAAAUUAAGAAAUUAUCAGCUGCUGAAAAAGAGGCGUGCUAAGAGCCUCAAUCCAAUUCCUGUUAAAAUUGGUAUUUUAGGAUGCAUGGCAGAAAGGCUCAAGAAGGAUAUCCUUGAUCAAGACAAAGAAAUUGAUCUUGUGAUGGGACCUGACAGUUAUAGAGACUUGCCUCGGUUACUUGCCUUAACUCAGAGUGGUGAGAGAACUGUCAAUGUGCUUUUGUCACAGGAAGAAACUUAUGCUGACAUUAUGCCUGUGAGUCUUGCCCAAAACAAAAUCUCAGCAUUUGUUUCUAUCAUGCGUGGUUGUGACAAUAUGUGUUCCUAUUGUAUUGUGCCUUUCACUAGAGGCAGAGAAAGAUCUCGACCAAUAGAAUCAAUAAUGAAUGAAGUGAGGGCUCUCUCAGAUCAGGGAGUGAAAGAGAUUACAUUGCUUGGUCAGAAUGUCAACAGUUACUGUGAUAUGAGCCAGACGACGCAUGCUGGAAUCAAUCUUUCUUCACAAGAACAAGCUUCAGCAGCAAUAUCCAAAGGAUUUAAAACAAUUUAUAAACCAAAAAAGGGUGGAUUGAGAUUUUCAUCACUCUUAGAUGAAGUCUCAAAAAUUGAUCCAAACAUUAGAAUCAGGUUCACAUCACCCCAUCCUAAGGAUUUUCCUGACAAAGUCUUGGAACUCAUACGAGACAGAAAAAAUAUUUGCAGCCAGCUGCAUUUACCAGCUCAGGCUGGCAGCUCCCGAAUCUUGGAAAUAAUGAGAAGAGGCUACACAAGAGAAGCUUAUCUGGAGUUGGUUCAGCACAUCAGGAGUGUGAUCCCAAAUGUAGCUUUAUCAUCUGACUUCAUUGCUGGAUUCUGCUCUGAAACCGAAGAAGAGUUCCAGGAAACCCUAUCCUUAAUGGAGGCUGUAAAAUAUCAUUUCUGCUAUGUCUUUCCUUACAGUUUACGUGAAAAGACUCCAGCACACCGCGACCUGAAAGACGACGUUCCUUCUGAGGAGAAGGCGAUGAGAAUGGCUAGGCUUACUGACGCCUUCAGACGACACGCGCUUCAAUGGAACCAAAAACAGGUGGGGCAGCGGCAGCUGGUGCUGGUGGAGGGCUGCAGCAAGCGGUCCAAGCUCCAUCUGGCCGGCAGGAACGACAGCAACACAAAGGUGAUAUUUCCAGACGUGCCGGUGCCAGACGCCCUUCAGAGCGACUCACCAAGUCGCUCUCCUUGUCCCGGCGACUACGUGGAGGUGGAGAUCAGCGACGCUUCGUCGCAGGUUCUGCACGCGCGGCCUCUGCUCAUCACGUCACUGCAGGCGGCGUGCGUGUGAUGUCCUGCUGUGUCACACGUAGCAGGGGAAGGGUUGUGUGAGGAAAAAAAAACCCUGAUGGAUUACUUUUGUGUGUCACCGGACGUUCGCCGCAACCUUCUACCUUGUCAGAAUGUUUGAACUUCACGGCCAAACGCCGGCAACAGCCUUGUAAAAAUACACUGAUCUGGAUAAAAUUUCAACCGAUGGUAUUUUAUUGCACUUGGUUGUUCAUUAAAACUCUUGUUCAUACGGAUAAAAGGUAAAUUUUAUUUCUGUACUUUAAUAGCAACACGUUUAAAAUAGCAAAACCUA